GCCUCUCGCUGGGCUGCUGUACAAAGAUGGCGGGCGAACUGGUGGAAGCGAUGGUAAGCAGAGCUCCGCUCGCCCGGGUUGAUAGAAAAGGGGCUGCGUGGGAGAUGGCCGGUUAGUAUGGGAAACUGUAAAGGUUUCCCAUGAAUACUGUGUAAAAGGGUUUAACUUAGUGAUGGUUGAUUAAUUGGUAGCUAUAUUGAAACUGGUUUCCCUGCGCCGCUAAGUGCGUCUAGCUAACGUUAGCCUGUUAGCUAGCAGGGACAUGGAAAAUGAAUGAUGAGACCAUAAAAACAUUCGCUAGUAGGGAGUCAGUGCGAAAUUGUAUCAUUCAAUGUUUAAGCGAGAUAUUGCAUUAAACAUUCGGUCCAUCCACUGUCCCUUUGACUUGUCAAAUAGACGUAUUUUCACUAUUGGGGGAUGACAACAAAGCAAGUGUAGUUAACGUUAGCUUAGUCACUAGCCUAGCUUCUUGUCAGACAAGGCAAUUGUCAAUGCCGCUGUCCACCUCUACACGCUGCAAUCCUGAUACACGAGCUGUAGAAAUGAACCUGAAUUGAUGAGAUUGACUGAUGUAACUAGUUUGCAAGACUUUUCUAACUACACUGAACAAAAAUAUAAACGCAACAAUUUCAAAGAUUGUAUUGAGUUACAGUUCAUAUAAGGAAAUCAGUCUAUUGAAAUAAAUUCAUUAGGCUAUGGAUUUCACAUGACUGGGAAUACAGAUAUUCAUCUGUUGGUCACAGAUACCUUUAAAAAAAGGUAGGGUCGUGGAUCAGAAAAACUGUUGGUGUGACCACCAUUUGCCUCAUACAGAGCAACACAUCUUCUUCACAUAGAGUUGUUCAGGCUGUGGAAUGUUGUCCCACUACUCUUCAAUGGUUGUGCGAAGUUGCUGGAUAUUGGCGGGAACUGGAAUACCUGGAACACGCUGUCGAUCCAGAGCAUCCCAAACAUGCACAAUGGGUGACAUGUCUGGUGAGUAUGCAGGCCAUGGAAAAACGGGGACAUUUUUCAGCUUCCAGGAAUUGUGUACAGAUCGUUGCGACAUGGGGCUGUGCAUUUCAUUUUGAAACGAGGUGAUGGCAGCAGAUGAAUUGCACGACAAUGGGCCUCAGGAUCUCGUCAUGGUAUCUCUGUUUAUUCAAAUUGCCAUUAAUAAAAUGCAAUUGUUCGUUGUCUGUAUCUUAUGCCUGCCCAUACCAUAACCCCACCGCCACCAUGGGCACUCUGUUCACAACGUUGACAUCAGUAAACCGCUCGCCCACACAAUGCCAUACACGCUGUCUGCCAUCUGCCCGGUACAGUUUAAUCCGUGAAGAGAACACUUCUCCAGCGUGCCAGUGGCCAUCGAAGGUGAGCAUUUGCCCACAAGUCUGUUACGACGCCGAACUGCAGUCAGGUCAAGACCCUGGUGAGGACGAAAAGCAUGGAGAUUAGCUUCCCUGAGACGGUUUCUGACAAUUUGUGCAGAAAUUCUUAGGUAGUGCAAACCCACAGUUUCAUCAGCUGUCUGGUGGCUGGUCUCAGACGAUCCUGCAGGUGAAGAAGCCGGAUGUGGAGGUUCUGGGCUAGCGUGGUAUGCGGUUGUGAGGCCGGUUAGACGUACCACCAUUGGAUGCGGCUUAUGGUAGAGAAAUGAACAUUCAAUUAUCUGGCAAUAGCUCUGGUGGACAUUCCUGCAGUCAGCAUGCCAAUUGCACGCUCCCUCAAAACAUGGGACAUCUGUGGCAUUGUGUUGUGUGACAGAACUGCACAUUUUAGAGUGGCCUUUUGGGAUGUGCACAACAUUUGAGAGAAAUAGCAUUUUCUGCGUAUGGAACAUUUCUGGGAUCUUUUAUUUCAGCUCAUGAAACAUGGGACCAACACUUUACAUGUUGCAUCUAUAUUUUUGUUCAGUGUAGAUAACUAAAUAGCUAGCUAUAUGCAUUGUUGGGUCUUCAAAUGCACUGACGGUGUUGUCCUACACUACUUAAAGGAGGCACCAGUCUAGGUUUUGUUUGCAGGAAAGAUAUUCAAUGUAUGGUGUUAGGAACAGAAGGGGCUCAUGGGUCAUGCUACUGAAUUCUGGAGGGUAGGGAGGAAAAAAUAUUACUCCAAGCAGGUACACUUACACAGAUACACUAUAUAUACAAAAGUAUGUGGACACCCUUUCAAAUUAGUGGAUUCGGCUAUUUCAGCCACACCCGUUGCUGACAGGUGUAUAAAAUUGAGCACACAGCCAUGCAAUCUCCAUAGACAAACAUUUGCAGUAGGAUGGCUUUACUGAAGAGGUCAGUGACUUUCAACGUGGCAUCGUCAUAGGAUGCCACCUUUCCAACAAGUCAGUUCGUCAAAUUUCUGAAGUGAAAUCGUCUAGGAGCAACAACGGCUCAACCGCGAAGUGGUAGGCCACACAAGUUCACAGAAGGGGACCGCCGGGUGCCGAAGAGCGUAAAAAUAGUCAGUCCUCGUUUGCAACACUCACUACCGAGUUCCCAACUGCCUCUGGAAGAAACGUCUGCACAAUAACUGUUCGUCGGGAGCUUCAUGAAAUGGGUAUCUAUGGCCGAGAAGCCGCACACAAGCCUAAGAUCACCAUGCACAAUGCCAAGCGUCGGCUUGAGUGGGGUAAAGCUUUCCGCCAUUGGACUCUGGAGCAGUGGAAACACGUUCUCUGGAGUGAUGAAUCACGCUUCACCAUCUGGCAGUCCAACGGACAAAUCUGGGUUUGGAGAAUGCCAGGAGAACGCUACCUGCCCCAAUGCAUAGUGCCAACUGUAAUAUUUGGUGGAGGAGGAAUAAUGGUCUGGGGCUGUUUUUCAUGGUUCGGCCUAGGCCCCUUAGUUCCAGUGAACGGAAAUCUUAAUGCUACAGCAUACAGUGACAUUCUAGAUGGUUCAGUGCUUCCAACUUUGUGGUAACAGUUUGGGAAAGUUUCAGCAUGACAGUGCCCCCAUGCACAAAGCGAGGUCCAUACAGAAAUGGUUUGUCAAGAUCUUUGUGGAAGAACUUGACUAGCCUGCACAGAGCCCUGACCUCAACCCCAUCGAACACCUUUGGGAUGAAUUCGGAACGUCGACUGUGGGCCAGGCCUAAUCGCCCAACAUCAGUGCCCAACCUCACUAAUGCUCUUGUGGCUAAAUGGGAGCAAAGCCCGCAGCAAUGUUCCAACAUGUAGUGGAAAGCCUUCCCAGAAGAGUGGAGGCUGUUACAGCAGCAAAGGGGGGACCAACUCCAUAUUAAUGCCCAUUAUUUUGGAAUGAGAUAUAUGACGAGCAGGUGUCCACAUAUUUUUGUGUGCACAGCUCAUCAAAUCAAUUUUUUUUGGUCACAUGCACAUAUUUAGCAGGUGUUAUUGCGGGUGUAGCGAAAUGCUUGUGUUCCUAGCUCCAACAGUGCAGUAAUAUCUAACAAUUCACAACAACACACACAUAUUAAAGUAAAGUAAUUUAAAUAUUAGGAUGAGCAAUGUCAGAGUGGCAUUGACUAAAAUACAGUAUAUACAUAUGAAAUGAGUAAAACAGUAUGUAAACAUUAUUCAAGUGACCAGUGAUUCCAUGUAUGUACAUAGGGCAGCAGCCGCUCAAGGAAUCCAGAUGGUAAUCCUAAACCUCCCCUCUUCUUCCUAUCCCUCUCUCCUUUGUGUCUUCCCUCCAGAAUAUGGUGAAGAGUUUCCGGGUGUCUGACCUGCAGACGCUGCUGGCCUCCAUGGGCCGCAGUAAGAGCGGUCUAAAGCAUGACUUGGUGGGACGGGCGCUGAGGCUGGUGCAGACAGAGUACAGCCCAGAGCUUCUGAAGAACGUGCGGCAGCUCUACGAGUCACGCUUCCCCAAGGCGUCGGGUUGGCUGGCUGCUCGGCGCCCAGAGGGGGUCCCGGUGGCCUACUCCUCUCUCAGCUCGUCCCCCACGGGCACUCAGGGCGCAGACUACCUCAACGGCAUCCCCAAGCUGUCCUCCACACCUGCGGCUGAGGUCAAGCUGGUGUCGCUGCCCUUCUACCAAACUCUGGAGACGCUGUUGCCGCCAACAGAGCUAAGUGAGUGAUUUUUGUCAGUGAGAUGUGGAGAGCUUUCGGGCUAGUCAAGUCCUUGUAGAGAGGCCAAAAAGUUCCUGGUCAGUGAAAAAAACCUGUCCGACACAGAUAUUAAUGACAGAAACAUGACAUUACAAUGAAAAGUGCUAAGGACAUUUUGGACAUUGCGAAGCACAGUGAUGUUGUGGUCUUUAAGUGUGUAUGUAUCUUUUUUCUUCUGCAUCUGUCCUUGUAGUUGCCCAGAACAAUGAGAAACUGCAGGACAGUCAAUGCAUAUUUGAAUUAACACAGAGCCAAGCGGACCAAGUCAGAAACUCAACGUGAGUUUAACACUUUUAUUCAAAGUUAACUGUGUCUAUUCUGCUUGUGACUUUCAAUGAGCACUGAGGGGUACCAUAACUUUCCCUCCCUUGUUGUUUCAGUGAGCUUCGACCAGGAAUGAAGGCAAUACAGGUGGUUCUUAGGUGAGUUUACAAGAGUUCUCAACUGUUCUACACACAACAGCACACCAAUCCCACUCUUAAUACAAUUGCAUAGGUCAUUUUCGGUACAUACAGUUGAUUUGCACAUAUCAAGUUGGCAGUUAAAGCCUAUGCUAGAUCACUAGCUAGGUUUCCAUCAAUUUGUUGAAAGAUUUUGAAGUGAAUAUUCUAACAUCCAAACAAAAAAUAUGCACAUUUUACCAGCAGUGGUGGGUUUCCAUCAAACUGGCUUCUUGUGAAUUAAAAGGGGUCGGCAGGUAGCCUUGAGGUUAGAGCGUUGGGCCAGUCACCGAAAGGUUGCUGGUUCGAAUCCCAAAGUCCACAAGGUGAAAAAUCUGUCGCUGUGCCCUUGAGCAAGGCACUUAACCCCAAUUGCUUCAGGGGCAAUGGACAAUGGUGACCGUGGCCGUGAUCUCAUUCGAUGCGGGUGUGUCUUGGGAGAGUUGGAAUAUGCAAGAAACACAUUUCCAUUACACACUUGUAGAAAUGUGUAGCAGGACAAAUAUAUUAUUCUUAAAAGCUGUGAGUAAUGACACAGUAUAACUUCAUUUACCAAAUAAAAAACCGAAGUAUGAUGUGUUCCAUCCCAUUUUUAACUCUAGAUGGUUUUGGCACAAAAGUCUGCGAUAAACAGCAAAUGUGCCCACUUUGGUCUUGGCACAUGCGCUCUAGACAACAGCUUGCAGAUGCAGCACAGAUUAUGAGAUUAUGGAUAAGAGUGAGACAGUUUUUAUUUGUCAAUUUACAGUCAACCAUCAACCAUCAUGCCACCAGCAUAACAUUAUGCUCUGUGCAUGCCAGUCAAGUUGUUCCACACCGAUCCCGACAAACCAUUUCUGAAUGGACCUCGCUUUGUGCACGGUGUCAUUGUCAUGCUGAAACAGGAAAGGGCCUUCCCCAAACUGUUGCCACAAAGUUGGAAGCACAGAAUCGUCUAGAAUGUCAUUGUAUGCUGUAGCAUUAAGAUUUCCCUUCACUGGAACUAAGGGGCCUAGCCCGAACCAUUAUUUCUCCUCCACCAAACUUUACAGUUGGCACUAUGCAUUGGGGCAGAUAGCGUUCUCCUGGCAUUCGCCAAAACCAGAUUCGUCCAUCGGACUGCCAGAUAAAUGGUGAAGGGUUAUUCAUCACUCCAGAGAACACGUUUCCACUGCUCCAGAGUCCAAUGGUGGCGAGCUUUACACCACUCCAGCCAACGCUUGGCAUUGCGCAUGGUGAUCUUAGGUUUGUGUGCGGCUGCUCGGCCAUAUACACCUGUCAGCAACAGGUGUGGCUGAAGUAGCCGAAUCCACUAAUUUUGAAGGGGUGUCCACAUUCUUUUGUAUAUAUAGUGUAGCAUUGCUUGACUGCAACAUGAUGGUUAUUCUAUCAGGAAAUGUGCAUCAAAGCGUUCUACUGCAUUUGUCACAUGGUGUAUUUCACAGAUUAGAAAAAUUAUUCACCCCUGUCUAGCGUAUUUUGUUCUGUCGACAUUUGGAAAGUUUACAGACAAUUAUACAGUUUCUAUCAGGCCUGUUGUGAGUUUUUCUGACGGUACUUUACUCACUUAAAAAUGGUUGGGAACCUGGCUACAGUUGUUGUGGAUGCAUGUUUAUUUUGCAUAGAAUUUUAGAAACUUGCAUUUUGAGAAACUUGCAUGAGUUUGCGGUUUUCCUCUACUGUGUCCUUGUUUAUCAAGUCCAAACAAAACGGUGUACAUUUUGUGAUGCGUGUAUUGAAUGACAAAUCUGACCACCACAACCAUUCAAUGAGAGUGGCUCAGUGUCUAAGAAGCUUACAUAUGUUGCCACCUAUCUAACACUGAUAACCAUUGAUAACCUCCUGUGCUGUUGCUAUGAUCCUUUACAGAAUCUGUUACACAGACUCCAUCGGUGUCCAGGAAGAUCAGUACCCUCCCAAUAUUGCUGUCAAAGUCAACCAGUCCUACUGUCAUGUACCAGUAAGUAAUCAAGCUGGGAAAUCCCAUGCCAUCAGGCAAACAAACAAACCAAAAAAUGCCUAUAUCUUGGUUGCUAAACAUGUCUAUAUUUGUUCUGUACAGGGUUACUACCCGUCUAAUAAGCCAGGUGUGGAGCCACGUCGGCCCUGUCGUCCAGUCAACAUCACACCCUGGUUACACCUCUCCACUGCCACCAACCGGGCCACCGUCACAUGGGGCAACUUCGGCAAGGUCAGCCUCUGGUUCAAACUUUGCGCUGUUAUUUUAAAACCUUGCCAAGAGGCGAUGCUUUUUGCACAUCUAAAAGUAAACUUUGUGUGAUGUACACAAUGUAAUUGCAAGCUGCUUUGAUUCAUUUCCAUGACAAGUAUUUGAAAUGAUGUGAUUUGUUUUUGGUAGCAGUCCAAAUGUUGACAGCUUCAGAGUGUUCAUUCUGCUCAGUGCUCACUCAUGUCCUCUGGUCCUGUGUGCAGCGCUACUCAGUGGCAGUGUAUUUAGUCAGGGUCUUCACAUCAGCAGAGCUCUUCAGCCAACUUAAACACUGCUCAGUGGAGAGUGCAGAACGCUGUCGUGAACGCAGUAAGUGGCCUCACCAUUUUUCUCUCUCAUGCUUAAUUGCAUUUGAGUAAUGUUCACACCUGUUUACACCUGUGCUGUGUGACGUUGAACUACUUUCUUUCUGCUGUGUCCAGUCCAGGACAAGCUACGCUUUGAUCCAGAGAACGAGAUCGCCACCACAGGGCUACGGGUGUCCCUCAUCUGUCCUGUGAGUAUCUGCACUCCCACCUCAAGCCAUACAGUGGGGAAAAAAAGUAUUUAGUCAGCCACCAAUUGUGCAAGUUCUCCCACUUAAAAAGAUGAGAGAGGCCUGUAAUUUUCAUCAUAGGUACACGUCAACUAUGACAGACAAAAUGAGAAAAAAAAAUCCAGAAAAUCACAUUGUAGGAUUUUUAAUGAAUUUAUUUGCAAAUUAUGGUGGAAAAUAAGUAUUUGGUCAAUAACAAAAGUUUCUCAAUACUUUGUUAUAUACCCUUUGUUGGCAAUGACACAGGUCAAACGUUUUCUGUAAGUCUUCACAAGGUUUUCACACACUGUUGCUGGUAUUUUGGCCCAUUCCUCCAUGCAGAUCUCCUCUAGAGCAGUGAUGUUUUGGGGCUGUCGCUGGGCAACACAGACUUUCAACUCCCUCCAAAGAUUUUCUAUGGGGUUGAGAUCUGGAGACUGGCUAGGCCACUCCAGGACCUUGAAAUGCUUCUUACGAAGCCACUCCUUCGUUGCCCGGGCGGUGUGUUUGGGAUCAUUGUCAUGCUGAAAGACCCAGCCACGUUUCAUCUUCAAUGCCCUUGCUGAUGGAAGGAGGUUUUCACUCAAAAUCUCACGAUACAUGGCCCCAUUCAUUCUUUCCUUUACACGGAUCAGUUGUCCUGGUCCCUUUGCAGAAAAACAGCCCCAAAGCAUGAUGUUUCCACCCCCAUGGUUCACAGUAGGUAUGGUGUUCUUUGGAUGCAACUCACCAUUCUUUGUCCUCCAAACACGACGAGUUGAGUUUUUACCAAAAAGUUCUAUUUUGGUUUCAUCUGACCAUAUGACAUUCUCCCAAUCCUCUUCUGGAUCAUCCAAAUGCACUCUAGCAAACUUCAGACGGGCCUGGACAUGUACUGGCUUAAGCAGGGGGACACGUCUGGCACUGCAGGAUUUGAGUCCCUGGCGGCGUAGUGUGUUACUGAUGGUAGGCUUUGUUACUUUGGUUCCAGCUCUCUGCAGGUCAUUCACUAGGUCCCCCCGUGUGGUUCUGGGAUUUUUGCUCACCGUUCUUGUGAUCAUUUUGACCCAACGGGGUGAGAUCUUGCGUGGAGCCCCAGAUCGAGGGAGAUUAUCAGUGGUCUUGUAUGUCUUCCAUUUCCUAAUAAUUGCUCCCACAGUUGAUUUCUUCAAACCAAGCUGCUUACCUAUUGCAGAUUCAGUCUUCCCAGCCUGGUGCAGGUCUACAAUUUUGUUUCUGGUGUCCUUUGACAGCUCUUUGGUCUUGGCCAUAGUGGAGUUUGGAGUGUGACUGUUUGAGGUUGUGGACAGGUGUCUUUUAUACUGAUAACAAGUUCAAACAGGUGCCAUUAAUACAGGUAACGAGUGGAGGACAGAGGAGCCUCUUAAAGAAGAAGUUACAGGUCUGUGAGAGCCAGACAUUUUGCUUGUUUGUAGGUGACCAAAUACUUAUUUUCCCCCAUAAUUUGCAAAUAAAUUCAUUAAAAAUCCUACAAUGUGAUUUUCUGGAUUUUUUUUCCUCAUUUUGUCUGUCAUAGUUGACGUGUACCUAUUAUGAAAAUUACAGGCCUCUCUCAUCUUUUUAAGUGGGAGAACUUGCACAAUUGGUGGCUGACUAAAUACUUUUUUUCCCCACUGUAUUUUUUAUUAGAGAGGAAGUCUCAAACUUUUCAGUUGUUACUGACCAAAACAAAGAAAAACCACGAGAUGAGGAACAGGCUGCAACCCACCAUUUGUCUACAGCCUAAUGCUAAUAACAUAUCUCCCUUUCCUCCUCCUCCUCUCAGCUGGUGAAGAUGCGGAUAGGCGUGCCGUGUCGGGUGCUGACCUGUGCCCACUUGCAGUGUUUCGAUGCCAUCUACUUCCUGCAAAUGAAUGAGAAGAAGCCCACGUGGACCUGCCCUGUGUGUGACAAACAGGCUCCCUUCGAGCUGCUCACCAUCGAUGGGUAAGUAAGGCGCGCUGAGGCUUGUCACUUGCCAACAGCACCACUACCACUCACUCUCCAGGAAUUUCAGAACCUGGAGAGUGAGAACUUCCUUUGAAGGGUCUUUGCAAGGGUAUUUGCUUGUUCAACCUUGGAAAAAAACAUUAGAAUCUACAUUUUCAUUUUCAAUAAGGCUAUUGUCCCAAUAAGGCUAUUGCAGUUUCAAAAAGGCUAUUGUCUCAAUUCCUUUUCAGUAAGGAUAUUAUGGGGCUAAAAAUGUAUGUUUUAGAGACAAAAGUAUCAAGGUACGCUGAUUAUUCAAGUUUUCUCUUGAGUCCUCAAUCUUCAACCUUGAAGGGCCUUAUUGAGGACCUGGAACAUUUUCCCACUGUCUCUGGACUAAAACCCAACUAUUGUAAGCGUACUAUAUUACGGAUUGAGUCUCUAAAAGAGACAAACUGUAAAUUACCAUGUGGUCUCCCGAUUUUUAAUGGGCGGAUGGUGAAGUUGAUGUGCUUGGUGUACAUAUCCCGGAAAAGUCUAACGAUCUUGCAACAAUUAACUUUGAUAGAAAAUGUAGUAAAAUAGAUAGGAUCUUGAAACCGUGGAGAGGGAUCACCUGUCCAUCUACAGGGAAAUUACCCUUUUUAAUUCUCUACUGACAUCAUAGUUUACAUAUUUAUUCAUGGCUCUACUCUCCAGGAUAAUCUUUUUUGAAGUCAUGUGAGAAAGAAAUCUUUAACCAGACAGUCAGAUGAGCAUCUUUAUAUAACGAAUCUUGAGUUUGAAGGGUUAGAACUAUUAAAUAUUAAGGCAUUAAACCUCUCACUUAAAGCUUCCAUUAUACAGUGCAUUCGGAAAGUAUUCAGACCCCUUGACUUUUUCCACAUUUUGUUACGUUACAGCCUUAUUCUAAAAUUGAUUAAAUUAAUUUUUUCCCUCAUCAAUCUACACACAAUACCCCAUAAUGACAAAGCAAAAACAGGUUUUUAGAAAUGUCUGCAAAAGUAUAUAAAAAAAUAUAAAAAAACGUUAAUAUCACAUUUACAUAAGUAUUCAGACCCUUUACUCAGUACUUUGUUGAAGCACCUUUGGCAGCGAUUACAGCCUUGAGUCUUCUUGGGUAUGACGCUACAAUCUUGGCACACCUGUAUUUGGGGAGUUUCUCCCAUUCUUCUCUGCAGAUCCUUUCAAGUUCUGUCAUGUUGGAUGGGGAGCAUCGCUGCACAGCUAUUUUCAGGUAUCUCCAGAUGUUCGAUCGGGUUCAAGUCUGGGCUCUGGCUGGGCCACUCAAGGACAUUCAGAGACUUGUCCCGAAGCCACUCCUGCGUUGUUAUGGCUGUGUGCUUAGGGUCGUUGUUCUGUUGGAAGGUGAACCUUCGCCCCAGUCUGAGGUCCUGAGUGCUCUGGAGCAGGUUUUCAUCAAGGAUCUCUCUGUACUUUGCUCCAUUCACCUUUCCCUCGAUCCUGACUAGUCUCCCAGUCCCUGCCGCUGAAGAACAUCCCCACAGCAUGAUGCUGCCACCACCAUGCUUCACCAUAGGGAUGGUGCCAGGUUUCCUCCAGACGUGACGCUUGGCAUUCAGGCCAAAGAGUUCUAUCUUGGUUUCAUCAGACCAGAGAAUGUUGUUUCUCAUGGUCUGAAAGUCCUUUAGGUGCCUUUUGGCAAACUCCAAGCGGGCUGUCUUGUGCCUUUUACUGAGGAGUGGCUUCCGUCUGGCCACUCUACCAUAAAGGCCUGAUUGGUGGAGUGCUGCAGAGAUGGUUGUCCUUCUGGAAGGUUCUCCCAUCUCCACAGAGAAACUCUGGAGCUCUGAGUGACCAUCUGGUUCUUGGUCACCUCCCUGACCAAGGCCUUUCUCCCCCGAUUGCUCAGUUUGGCAGGGCGGCCAGCUCUAGGAAGAGUCUUGGUGGUUCCAAACUUCUUCCAUUUAAGAAUGAUGGAGGCCACUGUGUUCUUGGGGACAUUCAAUGCUGUAGACAUUUUUUGGCCUUUCUAAAUCAUAUCCAAUCAAUUGAAUCGGCAGUUCACAAAAAUGAUUUGCUCAUAUUACAUUAUUUCUACCUUCCGAAAAUGCUUCCUCUUUUGUGAUAACUGAUGCGUCCUCUCUCCUUCAGUGUCAAACUGCAUGUAACUGUGUAGACAGUCAUUGCCCUUAAAGUCAUUUUGCAUGCCGAACAACCCCUGGCCAUAUCAGUAGCCUAGUCAAACUGUGCACUGUGCCCAGCUUUGCGCACUGACCAACGUGAGGUAGGCGGCCUGUUCCUGAUCUUGCACAUCUGUGCGGCACCUUCAGCAUUGGCUUGCGCAUUUAUAGGCUUUAUUAGUUGAGUGACAACCUGUGUAUUUUCCUAGGUUAAUGUUAUCUAUACGCUGGUGAAAAUGUUUUACCAGAAUAAAAGUAAGAUACCGGAGACACAACUCAUCUGGCUAUACCUGCUAAACGGGGCGUACAAUAGAUUUUAUUUUGAUUGUUCAGCAUCAGCAAUAGUUUUGGUAGCUUGUUAAAGAAAAUCAGUGUAUAUGGUCAUUUUUAGAUAUACAGGGUAAAGUUGAUAAUUUCAUAAUGAGGACAGCAAUCUCUUUUGCGAGGCACACUGCAAAUACCAGAAUCUAACCCCCCCCCCCCCCCCCAAAUUGUAAAGUGGUUAUCCCACUGGCUAUAGGGUGAACGCACCAAUUUGCGAGUCGCUCUGGCUAAGAGCGUCUGCUAAAUGACGUUAAUGUGCCCUUGAGCAAGGCACUUAACCCUAAUUGCUCCUGUAAGUCGCUCUGGUUAAGAGCGUCUGCUAAAUGACUAAAAUGUAAAUGUAAAUGUAAGAGGAGAAGAGAAGAUCUCUGUAAAAACUUGCAUAUGGUCAAAACCAUUUGAUUUUGAGAUUGGGGUGUGAAAUCCAAAGUUGUGCUAUGUUUUCAUUGGCUAUGCCAUAGCUAAUUUGUAAACGAUAAAUAUUGAUACAUUACUAGCUAAAACACUUAAUCUGCAAAAAUUACAAGUUAAUUAGUGGGUGAUUUCAGAACCAAAGUGGGAGAACAAAAAACAUGCUACAUUGACCCCCCCCCCUAAUCUGAUAGUGGUAGAUGCCUAGUGUCCCUUAUGGCUCAGUUCAGGUUCCUACAUAGUACAUACAACAUAGACAUGCAUCAUUUACACACAAUCCUCCCCCUGUCCCCCACGCCGUCUGGCUGGUGCUGCUGUCAGCCGCGGAGUGGCUGUUCGCCUCAGGUAUGGAGAUGUAUACUCAAUACAAAAGUAUAACCAACUCAUCGCAGCUCUGCCACAAACAUGGAAGAGGCAAUUGCUUAAAAGUGAAAGGAAUGACUAAGUUUGUCUGCCGCCAAUCAAAAACCAUGCAUGGCUUAAUGACUAGUACAAAUCGUAAAAUGGAUCAGUUUCACUUAAAGUCGAGAGGUUUGACAACUAUACUGCAUAAAAUUCAAGAUAGUUGGGAACAGAUUUGUCCCAAUACCAUGGCAUUGGGUUUAUGAACAGAUUAUAAAAAUAAACAUUUGACUCAUCAAUCUGUUCUUUUCAAUUUAAACUAUUCUAUACAUUUCUCACCACAAAAAUAAUGCUCAAUAUAUGGGGCAUUAAACAGUCAGCCCUGUGCAGACUCUGCCACGAAGAAACAGAAUCAAGAGCAUCUCUCUUGGUACUGUCGCUUUUGGAGUCAGGUCCAGGAGUGAUUUGUUGAGUCAUAAUGUCCAGUACAAAUAGAAACUAUAUCGCUGAUUUCCACAAACUUCCUUAAAAUGUAUAUCUAAUAUUUGAGAGUUGAUAAUGUGUGUUGUGGGACAUAUCCGAUCCCUGCUUGUGUGUCCUGGUGUGAUAUAUGUACUUAUCUGACUGAUUGUUUGUCUCCAUGUGUCCAGGCUGGCAUCUGAGAUCUUAAAAGAGACCCAUGAGGAUAUUGAGGAGAUUGAAUAUCUGACUGACGGUUCAUGGAGACCCAUCCGAGAUGAGAAGGAGAGGGACAGGGAGAGGGAACGGAGCAACACUCCUGACUAUCCUGUAGUGGAUAUAUGUAAGUGCAUGUCAAAUAGGGCUGGGCGGUAUGGCCAAAAUAUCAUAUCACGAUAUUUGUAAAAAAAAAAAACGUUUUAUGUUUUUGAAUAAUAAAAGUCCUAAAUAUUAUUUGAGUAGUGCAUAGCCCUAGGGUGGCAACACAUACGUUCUAAGUGAUUUCAAUGGGUCCUUCUCCAUUCUGAUUGUUUUAUACUGUUCAAUCCAACUUCAGCCCCCCAUAAUUUCUGCAUUUUCAUCCAUUUCUCCAUUGCCUGCACUCAUUUAUCAUUUCCACACUGUGCCACGUAGGGCUGCAUGAUAUUGGCAAAAAAUCAAGGACUAAUGUUGCGAUUUGACUUGCAAUUUAGAUCAAAACACUUGAGUGAAAUGUUGGAAUCAUGGCCAUAGAAUAAUUAUUCUAAUUCUGUAGUUGGAAUAUAGUGGGCAGUACUUUAAAUACUUUGUUGUUUGACAUUAGCCAGGGAGGAAUUAUUUUGAUAGGGUAGUAACCAAGUGUUGGUCAGUGUUUUCCAGGGGACCCUAAUUGAGAUGUUACAUUGCAUGUUUGCUCUUACUUCAUGUAGCUAGCGCUAGCUAACAUAUUCAUGCUUUGCCUAUUUCUCUCUGAUUUAGAAGAUACUGUUGCACAAACAACAUGCUAAUCUAGGCCUACACCAGUACUGGUAUCAGGCUGUAUAGCUAGCUACGUUUGCUCUGACUCAGUACAUUUAUUAGCUAGCUAACUAGCGAUUUUAUUUUAGCUAAGAAAAGACAAACUAGCUGUUUGCAGACAGUAAGCUGCACAAACUAAUAGUAUAAUUAUAGAACGCUUGUGGAUUUAUAUUAAGAAGCAAAGUGUAACGCCGUAUCAUUGUCACCAACAUCUGACCAUGCAGACAGUGAACAGCAAGUGCUCGUGACUGUGGUCGAGCAAAACCUGCUCUCCUUGAGUGACAGGGCAGGGCUUGGUGUGUGCGUGCAGCAGGAGGAAGGAGAGAAAUGACUCAAGUAGCAAACGGAGUAAACUAUUAAAAACAGAUGUAAUACACGGCGGGGUGGUGGAUCACAUUUAACAAACCAAACAUUGAAAUACCGUUAUAGAAGGUAAAGUAAAAACCCAAAGCGGUCCGUGCAUCAAUACCGGUAUAUAGUGAAAUACGGUAUUCCGCCCAGCCCUGAUGCCUUCUCAAAUAUUGCCAUUUUAGCUGUUGCAGACUAAUGUUUUGAUACUUCAUUUAGAUGCCAUGCUUUGUAGGUCAUAUGUAUUUUAGAAUAUACAUUUUUUUAUAGCAUUGGUUUGUAAUAGUGUGUUCACUUGUUCCCCCCAUCCCAGGUGUUCCUGAGGCGAACGGCCACUCCCCGGCCCACAGCAGCACCAGCCAGACGGGGAAGUCAGGAGCAGGGUCCACAGCGGGGGGGACGGGGGGAGGAGUUGUGGUAGAUCUGACUCUGGACUCUGAGGAGGAGGAGGAGGAGGAGGGGGGAGGGGCUAGAGGAGACAGCGACGACACUGAGGACAGCCAGGACAGCCCCGCCCCCAAGAGGGGCCGAUACGACUAUGACAAGGACCUGGUCACUGCCUACUGA